UGUCGGUAGCAGAAUCGACGAAAUGGCGAGUCUAGUCAUGGGGUCGCCAUGGCUUCGGAUUUGGGUGUUUCCCGAGCUCCAUCCUCCCUUCUCCCGUCCAGGCCUACCUCUCGAUUCACCGGAGAAAUCUCUCCGUCUCGGCUUCCUCCGCCACUGGUCUCCAGGAGGGCGAGGUGCGCGUCCGUUUCGCUCCGUCGCUGACCGGGAAUCUGCACGUCGGAGGCGCGAGGACGGCGCUAUUCAACUACCUGUUUGCCAGGUGGAUGAAUGGUCAACAUUUAAGAUCUCUUCCUUCAUAAGGGUUGAUCAAGAUUUUUGGGGAUAGAUGGAAGUCCACAGUCAUUCUCCUACAAUCUGAUAGUGAAUUUGUAAAGCUUCCCCUUCUCCUACAAUGGAAAAGGUAUUGGACAGAGAGUUAGCUGAUACUGGAUGGACAUAUUGAUGUGCAGGAUGCGACUGAACUAUUGAAGGAUGGAAUUGAUUUGGUAACAUACAGACAAGGCUCUAGUGAAUUUGUUGUCUUAUCCUCUGCACUCUACUUUAGCCAGUGCUGAAUGUAAACCUGUUCUACAAGAUAAGCUCUCAGAGGUGUUUGCCAGCUAGAUAUCUUCUUAUGAUUGUGGAGAGCUCUGUGAAGCACCGAAGGAAGGGUCAUGCAGGCUGGCAAAAAUGGGUGAAAAGCUUCGGCAAGCUCCUGAAUCGCAAGGAAAGAUAUCUCUUUAUGCCUAUCCGAGUAUUGCUCACCGGAAAACUUCAAGGGCCUGACAUGGGAGGCAGUAUACUUCUGAUAUAAAAAUGAGGUACUUAUAGAGUAAUUAGUCCACAAACAGGUUUUGUACCAUUAGAUGAGAGGAUUCAGAUGCUAAGGGAGGUGGAGUGGGAGUUCUUGAAAAAGGAGGUGACACUACCAGAAUCCAUUGCUGGUGUAUCUCACUAGGAUUACUGACCCACGCGCACCUCACGUGACAACAUAUGAGGGCAGGGCUCCACACGCCAAUUUCGAAUUUCAAAUAUCGCGAGCCGUUGGGGCGGGCAGGCGAGCGAGCAUCAAGAAAAGGUUGAGAACAAUUAAUAGAAAAAGAAAAGAGAUAUCUAUAAGUAAACCCCUUCUCUUGUUGCCCAAAAGAGAACACAACCCUUCGUUCAGUCUCAUCUUUUCUCCUCCUUUCUUCCCUUGCUCGAUCGAGCCACACAGCGACAAUCGGAGAGACAGACUGAGAGAGAGAGAGGAUGGCGACAACGGUGCGGCAGCAGCAGCAGAGUCGGGCGAUGGACGCGUACGAGAAGCUGGAGAAGGUUGGGGAAGGGACGUACGGGAAGGUGUACAAGGCCAGGGAGAAGGCCACCGGCAAGAUCGUCGCCCUCAAGAAGACCCGCCUGCCCGAGGACGACGAGGGCGUCCCCCCCACCACCCUCCGCGAGGUCUCCCUCCUCCGCAUGCUCUCCGUCGACCCCCACGUCGUCAGAUUGUUGGAUCUCAAACAAGAUAAGAACAAAGACGGGCAAACCAUUCUGUAUCUCGUCUUUGAGUACAUGGACACCGAUCUCAAGAAAUACAUCAGAAGCUUCCGUCAGAACCAUGAACAGAUUCCGCCCGAAACUGUGAAGAUUCUGAUGUAUCAACUAUGUAAAGGAAUUGCGUUCUGUCAUGGGCGUGGGGUGCUGCACAGAGAUCUGAAGCCUCAUAAUCUCUUGAUGGAUCGAAAGACUAUGAUGUUAAAAAUCGCAGACCUUGGACUUAGUAGAGCAUUCACUAUUCCUCUCAAGAAAUAUACUCAUGAGAUCCUGACUCUUUGGUAUCGAGCUCCAGAGGUGCUCCUUGGGGCCACACACUAUUCAACACCGAUCGAUAUGUGGUCAAUCGGCUGUAUUUUUGCUGAACUAAUUACAACCCAAGCACUUUUUGCUGGCGACUCUGAACUGCAGCAGCUUCUUCAUAUUUUCAGGUUACUGGGUACUCCAAAUGAUGUAAUUUGGCCUGGUGUAAGCAAAUUGCCUAAUUGGCACGAGUAUCCUCAGUGGAGCCCCAAGAGUUUGUCAUCUACUGUUCCUAAUCUGGAUGAUAAUGGAUUGGAUCUACUCUCGAAGAUGUUGCAGUAUGAGCCUUCAAAGCGGAUUUCAGCAAAGAAAGCUAUGGAACACCCAUACUUUGAUGAUGUAAACAAGGCAUAUUACUGAGCUUCUGACUGCUUGCUGUGGCUUUGGUUUAAGAACUAACAAGUUAAAUCGUCAUAAUAUGUGGCUAUUAUGGAUUAGCUUUUCUCGAGCAUUCUAUUGUGUUUUGUGGAAUGCUUAUAACUACUACUUGCUUUCACUAAUUUGUUUGCGUAACCUUUCCAUCUAUUGGAUUGGCUUUUCUCGA